AUGCCGUCCUUGCUUCUUGUUGUCCUUCUGGUGGAGGUGGUCGUUCAUCUGGUGAACACCAUUGGGGCCACAGCCAUCAACGACGUACUAUGGAACAUCUACCUUGCCUUGCCAACGAAGGUCUCGAAACAAGCAGAUGAGAAGAACAAGCUCCAGAAGGAAUACCUUGCGAUCCGGCGUGACCUGAAAGCUACGAGCAGCCAGGAUCAGUUCGCGAAGUGGGCGAAGCUUCGGCGCCAGCACGACAAACAGUUGGAGCAGCUCGAGAAGAUGAAAGCGUCGCACGAUGCCUCCAAAGCGAACUUCGAUCGCACCGCCGGAAUUAUACGUUGGUGCGCAACCUCGGGAGUCAAGUUUAUAAUGCCCUGGAUCUACGGAACGGAGCCUAUGUUCUGGCUACCGAGUGGCUGGUUCCCAUAUUACGUCGAGUGGGUAUUAUCAUUUCCACGGGCGCCUCUUGGCAGCAUCAGCAUAGUAUCAUGGCAAACGGCGUGUGCGGCAGCUGUUUUGCUCUUUAGUGAUGCGAUCAAAGCGAUACUUCUAUUUGCGCUUGGAUCAAGGUCGACGCAGAAGCAGCCUAUGACAUCUACGACUGGGGGAGCUGACAUCAAGGCCCUCCUCAUUUUCUUCGGCCCCAUUCUACUGCCCAAGGCAAUAGGAUACUACAGACGCUUCAAGGCUUCUUCAAAAUCCCCCACCCAACAGACCGGGGCCUUAUCCCCAGGCGCGAUCCGCGCCAUCUCGAUCUUCUGUUCUCUCGCCCUCGUUUUCUUCAUCUUCGCGCUCCCUCCCUUCGCCACCGAGAACAUCUUCUAUCGCACGGCCUCACGCCUCCAGGCCCCAACCGACGUGCUCUUUUCGCGCUUAGCCACUCUUAGACCAGGCGAGGCAUUGACAAACGAUGAUACUGUGUUGCGUUCCAAGUUCGUCAACCUUGAAUCUCGCCUGUUAUAUCUACAAUACGGACCCGAUGUCCUUAUCUCGUGUCCAUUCUGCUCUUCCGAGGACCCCAACACAUAUUGGUUCUACGCCGCCCCCUCAAUCUUGAAGCCAUACAUCUUCAACCUCUUCGCCCUCAGCAUCGCAACGUCCACUCCGUUCGCUGAUGCCGGGGUGUCGCGCUGGCGCUCUUUCGCCUCAACCACGACCGUCGCGAUAGCCAUCAUCGAGCUCUGGACUACGGCCGCCUACGAGCGCGCGCCGAACGCAAAGGCAACGCGGUACACAGAUAUAGAGGUGCUGUUCCAACUAAUGCAAACAGCGCGGUGUCUAGCCCUCGGGAUCCUCAAUGUCCUAGUCGCUGCUCUGAUCUGGUUAUCCGCCACGGGCCGCAUGUUCGCGAGGCCGCCUUCCCCCGCGGCCCGCGUCGAGAGCGUCAUCCGCCAGCUGCUGACGACGAAGAGCAAGCUGAGUGCCGUCGGCAUUGUCAAGAACACGAGCCUGCGCGACGACGACUUGCGGGGCCGCAUCGAGGACUACUGGACGCACGAGGGAAAGCUCAUGCGCGAGGUCAUGGAGGAGCGGGAGGUAGUCGAGGGCAUCAACGACGCGCUCACACGCAUCAAUAUCCGGGAUAUCAUGCGGGAUGCCGAGCAAUAUGCCUUCAACAUGUUUCCGAAGCCGCCAGAGCCCCCGGAAAUCGUUAUUCGGUCCACCGGUUAA